UAAACGUCUUUUCCUCCGUCUCUCUUCUACCUGACACAUUGGCUCUCCACCUACUCUCUUUAAUCUCUUAUUUGACUCUCUUCUCGUUUCAUUCUAACAUAGAACUUCAUCUCUUCUUCUUCCCUCUUCUCUCCUCAUUAUUUCAUUCCUUUCUCUCUACUUUCUGCCUACUUCUCUCUCCGUCCAUAUUUUCUCUUUUACCAUCCAUCUAAAUCACCCUCGAAACAUGAAAAAAAAAAAUCAUAAUUCUAUUUUCGUCCCUUUCUCUAUACUUUCUGGUCACAUCUCUCGCCUUAUCACAAUUUCUCUUCUACUACCAUCUAAAUCACCCUUUAAAAUGUAGAAUACCAUGCGGCCCAGAAUUUGUAGCCUUUGUCAAAGCAAAAGCUGAAUAUAAAAAAUUAGCCAUAUCGAAUAGUAAGAGAGAGUGAGUUGAGAGAGCUAUGAUAGGAGAGGGGAUAUUGAAAUUCGUCCUUAUAAUGCAGGACCCAAGUAUUGACUUAACUCUGGCCAAAUUUCAGACGAACCAUUUUCCAAUUCUAACUCCCUCCACUUUUUCCAAUUCAAGUUUUAAAAUAAAUAAUUCAAACUACAAUAAAUUUCUCACUCAAUAUCUACAUAGCCAGUCUUCUAUCUCCCCCAGCCUCACGGCGCUCACCGCCGCUUGCCACCGCCACCAAUUGCAUUUUAGGUUCCUAUCAGCGAUAGUCUCCCAUCUCCUCCAGCCUCACGGCCCUCGCCGCUGCCUCCCAUCUCCCCUAGCCUCACGGCCCUCGCAGCUGCCGGCCACCAAUCGCAUUUCAGGCGAAACUGACAAGGAUAAGAAAUUGAAUGCAACUUACAUUAUCAGUGUUGGUCGAAAGCUUGGGUGCUCCAUUUUCUUAUUGCCUGAGGACAUAAUUGAGGUGAACCAGAAGAUGAUCCUCACCCUAACAGCAAGCAUCAUGUACUGGAGCCUGCAACAAAAAGCUGAGGAUUCAGAGUCAACCACACCUACAGAAGACAAGAAAGCACCGGAGGGCGACAAAUAAUAAAACCUCUCCAAAAAAGUUGAAAACAAGAAACCUCACCGCAUAAUCCAAAGGAUAACUCUAGGUGGAGAAUGACCAAGAAUAGCAACUCCCAAAAUUUUUUCUUCGAGCCCUUACUUUCCUUUCGAGGACAAGAAAAAUGAAAAUCCAGUUGCAGUUAGUUGAUCUGUGAGAUGGUACUCCUGUAUGGGACAGGGCAUGGUCAAUUUUGUUCUGAUCAACCACAAAAAAAGAGAAGUUCUUGUAAAUUUUACCUUGUGUAAUUAUAGUCUACUGUUCUUAUGUAUAUUCUUUCUCACAAUUGUUAUAUUGAUUAUAUAAUGAAUAAUGCAACUGGGGAGAAAUUAUCCUCAGUGUCAUACUC